AUGUCGGUGAGGAGCCUGGACUUCCCAGAGCACUUGUUUUUGCAUGUAGAGGACACAUAUGUGCGUGCCUUCUUUGCCAACAGAAAGUCUAGCUUUAUGGAGACUCAUCGCUUUUCCAUUCUCUUAGUCACUGCCGCCAAGGCUUACCCCGUGGAUAUCCUGGAGGAGGACCCCGAGGGCCACCAGGAAGCAGCACAGGUCUACUAUGACUUGCUCAGGGAAGGAGCAUCAGCCGGGGUUUUCUCCCUUCCCACUGGGGAGCAGGUCAGACUUGAAACUCCGUUCCUUCAUUAUUGCACUAUGUAUCGUGACGAACCUCGACAUAAAAUACUGGUUUUGGUUAAUCCCCAGGACACAAAGACAGUUGUGGCUGUUUACCUAAAGAAGUCCUGGUGGUCUGUCGAAGAUGUCCUAAGAACUUCUGAUCCCACCAGAGAAGGGCUCAUGAAGGUUCAGUCCUUUGGGGAAAGGAUUGUACUUUUUGUUCUCAACGCCAUCGUUUUUGGAAGGCUGGAGAGAGAUCUGGAUGACGAUGACAUGUUUUUUUUACCUCACCCUUCGAAGGAGCAAGCUAAGAUUCUGUGGAGAGAUGGAGCGGCAGUUGGAUUUUAUUCAAUCAAAAUGAAAGGCAGCCUCUGUGGUAACAGCACCAGUGCGUGCUACCUGCUGCCUGUCUUUGAUACUGUGUUUGUGCGGAGGAAGAACCGUUGCCAAGGCCUGGGGACAGCCAUGUUGAGGGACUUCUGUGACACCUUUCGAGAAGAUGAAGCCCUGGGUAUCAGUUGCCCGAUUUCUCCUGCAAUGUGCAAAGUCCUCAAGCAGUUCCUGUUGACCCAUCCAGGCGAGAGAGGGCGCUUGUGGGAGGUGGAGGCCCCAGGGGCCUGGGACCAGCGUGUCAACAUCUGGCUCAAUAUUUGUCUUCAGGAGGCAGGACUUCAUGAUGGGAGCACAGUGCACCCUGAAGUUUCCGAAGAGGACACAAACACUCCCAGGCAGACUUCUCAGGGUGAUGGACCCACACUGUUCCAUCAUGGAGAAAGCCCUAAGGAGUGGGUCACUGCAGAACAGGAGACACAGGAUGACCAAGAAUGUGUCAAAGGAGAGGAGGAAGCUGGGAUGCCCCUGAGACCUUCCUGGAAUGAGACGGAGGAGAAGGGAGCCAAGAGGACAGUGGCCGUCGCUGGGCUGGUUGGUGAGCCAUGGCGGAAGCGUGUGCGGCAAGCUACUAACUCCUCAGAGGUUCAUCUGGCUUCACCAGGAUCUGAGCCCGAGGGUUUGAUGUGGCCCUGAAUAAUCUCUGGUGCUGGAGAUGGUGUCCAUGGGUCCCACCUGUCUCCACUCCCCUUGCAGGCUCUGGGAUAAGGGGGUCUUGAAGAAGUGCUUGGGUAAGCCAAACACGCUCUGGGAACCACUUUUACAAGCCCACUGUUGGCAAAUCCAAGACUCUGAAAGCUCACUUGUUAAAAGUAACAUGGUUUCCGCUCCCCAGGAGUUUGGUAGGGAGGUGCAAGGGACCAUGUGAAGGUCCUUAGUGGAAACGGGCUCGGAGACGGGCCGUGGUAGCCAUCUAUGACAUGCAUUCAGCCCUGUUGUAAUGUCAGAACUCAAUACCAGAGGUUUUCAGGGAGACAAGUUCCUUCUCUGGGGACUUGCCAGUCACUUCAGAACCUCUCGAGGGCAAGCACCAGGGCUGUAUAAUGUCCACUAUGUCAGGGCAGAUGGCACCCACUGUGGGCUCUGGGCUAUUUCCGGCCCAUUGUAGUGCCCAUGCUGCCUUCAAUGCUGGUGGGUUCAGCCAUCUGGACUUGGGGUAGGAUUUCUCCCAGAGAAGCUGGUCUGGUACUUUGUUCCCUGAAUGGUCAAAGGACACAUGCUGUGGGACCUUAGUUACUUAUAUAGUCAUCAAAGCACCAGGCUCUCUGCUCAUCCUCUAUGUAUGUACAUACAUACAUACAUGAAUAUAUACAUGCAU